GAGUUAAACAUGGCCUCAAAGAAAACCGAAUCGAAGAAAAACGAGAAAACGGAUAAAUCUGAAAAAGCUUUAGCUGCAGAAAAGGAGCAAUUCGUCAAACUUCAGCUUCAGAGCAUCACCAAAUCCAUCACCAAUGUGGAGGCCCCUAUCAAAGAGAAAUAUGGACGCAAUAUCAUUUUAGGCACGCAUAAGGAAGGCGGUGCCGUCACAUUCUGGUCUCAUGCCGUGAGUCUGCCGCUGUCCAGUAACGCCAUCCUCAGCUGGAAGUUCUGCCACGUGGUGCACAAACUGCUUCGAGACGGCCAUCCUAACACUUUACGAGACAGCAGAGGUCACACCGCAAGCAUUAGACAGAUGGGAACAUUAUGGGGGAAUCUGCAUGAUAGAUAUGGACAUAUUGUUGCACUGUAUGCCAAGCUGCUGUGUGUUAAAAUCGAUUUCCAUUUAAAGCAUCUGGAAAUCCCACCAAACCUUGAAGCUCCUGAACAGGUUCUUGAUAAAGCCAUCGCCAUUGAUAUUAACAAAGUGUUUGACAUGACAGGUGAGGUUCUGGAGUACAUGGAAGCAGCUCUAAAGCUGCAAGAAACAGUUUUCCGGCAGAUGGAGUCCAGCUCCACCAGCUCUACCACUCCUGUGGGUCAGUGCCGUCUGGCACCGCUGGUUCUCGUCAUCCAGGACUGCGGUCCGCUCUACCAUUUCCUGGUCAAGCUCUUGUUCAGGCUACACAGCCGAAUACCGCUGGACGCUCUGUUAGGACACAGGGAACAAUUCCGCGAGCAGUUCAACAGUUUGACGCAGUUUUUUGAGAGAGCGAGAGGGAUGGAGUUUUUCAAAUCUAUCAUUCAGAUUCCUGAUCUUCCCGAUGAGCCUCCAAAUUUCCUGCGUGCGGCUUCAUUCGCUGAUCAUGUGAAGCCUGUGGUCGUUCAGAAUGAGACAUUCCCUGACUACGAUGAUACGGACACGCAGCUGGAUUUUGGUGAAGGAAACUAUCAGAUGUAUUACGGAUACAACCAGUUUGACCCUCCAACUGACAUACCAGAGCAAAGAGAGACCGAGGCUGAUACUCUGAGGAAGGAACUUGAGGUGGUGAAACCAGAGCUGGAGCUCAUAAAAGUGGAGGCCCAGCGUGCCGUUGUCCAGCUCAAAUCUCAGGUCAAUAUACUGGAAUCUGAGCUUGAGGACCAGCGGACGCACAAGCAGAUGGCGCUGGUGGAGAACGAACGUCUGCGCAUGGAGGUGGAGAGCCUCAGAGCACAGACCGCAGUCGCUGCCAGCAUACAGGCCACGGUCGAGGAUGCGGGCAGCAGAGCUCAGACUGCUCAGAUACAUUUCACUCGACUCAAAGAGAAACACGCCGAGCUGGUUAGCAAACAUGCUGAUCUCAUGCGGAAGAAUACAGAGAUGGUGAAGCAGCUCAGCAGCACCCAGCAGGUGCAGGAGGAGCUGUUCACAUACAAACAGCAGAUGGCAGUAGAGGUGGAACAACAGAAACAGGACAAAAGCUCUAAGCUGGAGGCACAGAGAGCAGAAAUUGAACGUUUGAAGCAAGAGCUAGCAACCGAGAGGGCUGAAAUGUUCCAAGUCCAUAAUAAUUUGCAGAGCAAGGAGAAGGCCGGAGACGAGUUGAGCAGUGUGCUGGUGGGUCUUCAGGCAGAAAAAGAAACCCUACUUCGUACAGUGAAAGAUCAGGAAGCUGAGAUCGCUAGCCUGCGUCAGGCCGCCCAACUCCACCAGAUCACCCUACAGCAGGAGAGAGACCGACAUCAGAGAGAGAUGACAGCGCUGCAGAACCAGCUGCAGGAAAAAUUGUGUCGGGAACAGGAGCUGCAGCUGGAGAUGGAGAAACUGAGACGUGAGCUGGAGGAGAAGCGAGCGGAGCUGCUGCGUGCUCAAAGUGCUCUGAACAGUAAAGAAACCACAGGAGACCAGCUGAGCAGUGUGUUAGUGGGUCUGCAGGCGGAGAAGGAGGUUCUUCUACGUUCAGUGAAAGAACAGGAGGCUGAGAUCACUAACCUGCGUCAGGCCACCCAACUCCACCAGGCCACACUUCUGCAGGAGAGAGACAGGAGUCAGAGAGACCUGGCAGUGCUGCAGAGCCAAAUGCAGGCCAAGUUAAGUCAGGACUUAGGACUGUUGCAGCAGAAGCUGCAGGAUGAGCAGUUCAGUAUGUUGCAGUGCGCUGUGGUGGAGGCCGAGGGCAUCGUGCUGGACGCUGUGGCCAAAGUGGACGAUCCACUACACGUGCGCUGCAUCAGCACCCCAGAUUAUUUGAUCAAUCGUGCUGAGUUGACGUUGGCGUCCAUUGAUAAGAUGCAGCACAGUCAUGCGGCUUACUUGAGGAAUAUGGAUGACGCCAGUGGUUUGUUGAGGUCGGUGACCCAGUUCUCCCAUCUCAUCGCUGACACUAUUGUGAAUGGAGCAGGAACUGCACACUCAGCACCUACGGACCAAGCAGACCGUUUGACAGAUAACUGCCGGGAUUGUGCCACUCACUGCCUCCAGUAUCUGAAAGAGCUGAAGUUGAAGGCCACGCUCCCGAGAGCUGACCCUACUGCUGUCCGCUAUGUGGUCCAGCGUUUCCUCAACCAAGGACAGGACCUGCGGCCCAGGGGAGCAGAUGUGCAGAAGGAAGAGCUGGCAGAAAUGGUGGAUAAGGAAAUGGCUGCAACUUCCUCUGCCAUUGAAGAUGCUGUGCUGAGAAUGGAUGAAAUAUUGAGCCAGGCAAGAAGAGAUUCAUCUGGAGUGAAGCUGGAAGUUAAUCAAAACAUCAUUGGCUCGUGUUCAGAUCUCAUGAAGGCUAUACACAUGCUGGUGAUGGCUUCUACUGACCUGCAGAGAGACAUUGUGGAAAGUGGCCGGGGUGCUGGUUCUGUCAAAGACUUCUAUGCUAAAAAUUCACGUUGGACGGAGGGACUCAUUUCAGCGUCAAAGGCUGUAGGAUGGGGUGCAACGCAGAUGCUUGAAUCAGCUGAUAAAGUCGUGACUGACAAAGGCAAAUAUGAAGAGCUGAUUGUCUGCUCUCAUGAGAUCGCCGCCAGUACGGCACAACUUGUUGCUGCUUCAAAGGUAAAGGCAGAUCGAGGCAACAAAAAGCUCCAAACUUUACAGCAAGCAUCCCGUCACGUGAAUGACAUGGCCGCUGUUGUGGUGUCGUCUACUAAAUCAGGACAAAUGCAGAUUGAGAACAAGAACUCCAUGGACUUUUCCGGCAUGUCUGUUAUAAAACUCAAAACAGAAGAAAUGGAUUCUCAGGUGAAAGUGUUAGAGUUGGAGAAGCAGCUGGUGAACGAGCGUAUACGAUUGGGAGAACUCCGGAGGAAGCACUAUGAGAUGGGAGGGAUCCCGAUGGACUCGCCUCCAGGGAAUACAGUCAAUAGUUUUGACAGUUCACUGCCUACUGUUUUUCCUGACCCGCCCGAUAUGGAACUGCCCAGUCUGGAUGCGUUCACACUGGACCCACCCAGAUUCGAACCACUUCGACUGGACCCGCCCAGACCGGAGCCCCCCGAACCUGCCAAAACCAGCUCUAAACGAACCUCAAUCUUUCACAAAUCAGGCAGUCUCCUCAAGAAUGCAUUUAGGUGAAAGGAGUCUGGGCCCUGUAUGUAUAAAGAAGAAACCAUCAUAAUGUAUAUUAUUUUCAUAGUUUUAUCAUGAGUCUCUACUGUAUAUCAUCCUUCAUGCUUUGACAAUACAAUAUGGUGUGAAUUAAAUAUUCG